GCCCUGACGGCCUGACGCGCCCCCGCGCUCCUGGGGGGCCGGAGCCAGGCCACGCCCGGCGCGCCCGCCCAGCGGCCGCUGCCCUUUUCUCCUGGCUGGGUGCGGGGGAGCAUGCCUGCGCCUGGCCCCGGGCAGCUAAGAGUUAACCCCAGGGGCCCCGAGCUGCCCCCUCCUGGGGGCACGCCCCCCUCCCUCGCUAGGCCCCCUCCCACCUGCCUAGGCUAUGGCUCCCGGCCCCCGGCCCGGACCUGAGGGUCCGCACAGGGCCCAGUGAGAGGCGUCCGCCCGUUCCCGCCUUCCUCCUACCCUUGCCGGCCAGCACCAUGGGAUGUAAUAUGUGCGUGGUCCAGAAACCGGAGGAGCAGUACAAAGUGAUGCUUCAGGUGAACGGGAAGGAGCUCUCCAGGCUGUCUCAGGAGCAAACCCUGGAGGCUCUACACUCCUCCAAGGAGCCCCUGGUGAUCCAGGUGCUGAGGUGCAGCCCCUGCCUCCGGCGGGACGGCUCCUGCCACGAUCUGCAGCUGGUGGACAGUGGCACUCAGACCGAUAUCUCCUUCGAGCACAUCAUGGCAUUGGGCAAGCUGCGGCUGGAGCCAUAUGUUCUUGCCAAGCUCCCUCCAAUCAGCCAUGAGUAUUAUGACCUGGUGGAAUUCAUGGAGGGUGUCCAGCAGGCGGCAGACCGUAUGGACGAGCUGGAGUAUGAGGAGGUGGAGCUGUACAAAACCAGCCACCGGGACAAGCUGGGCCUGUUGGUUUGCUACCGCACGGACGAUGAGGAGGACCUGGGCAUCUACGUCGGAGAGGUAAAUCCCAACAGUAUCGCAGCCAAAGACGGCCGGAUCCAUGAGGGAGACCGCAUCAUCCAGAUCAACGGCGUGGACAUCCAGAACCAGGAAGAGGCAGUGGCCAUCUUGAGCCAGGAGGAGAACACCAACAUCUCCCUGCUGGUGGCCCGGCCUGAGAGCGAGUUGACGAAGCAGUGGAAGGACAGUGACAACUUCUUAGAUGACUUUGGUUCUGAGACUGAGGGGAAGCCAAAAUCACCCCCUGCCCAGCAGCUUGGCCAUGAAGAGGAGAACGGGGCCCCCGAGGGGGGCCCGGGCCUGAGCAACAGCCAGGAGCUGGACAGUGGGCUGGUCUGGACAGAUGAGAGCACACGCAGCGAGGAGAGCUCUGAGCACGACCUGCUGGGAGACGAGCCCCCCAGCACCACCAACACCCCCAGGAGCCUGUGCAAGUUUGGCCUCCAAGGGGACACCCUGCAGGGCUGCGACUUCCACUUCAGUAUGGACUCUCUGCUGGCCGAGGGUGUGGGGCUGGGGGUGGGUGAUGUGCCGGGUCUCACUGAUGAGGAGUAUGAGCGCUACCAGGAGCUGCUGGAGAUCAAGUGCCACCUGGAAAAUGGCAACCAGCUGGGCCUCCUCUUCCCCCAGGCCUUGGGCAGCCACGGCGCCCUAGAUAUGAACCGCAAUGAGAGAGAGCCGGCUGGAACCAUGAAGAAGCGGAACAAGAAGAUCCUGGACAACUGGAUGGCCCACGGCACGCGCUCUGCCAACGGCAAGAGGGUCUACAACCCGCUGCUGUCUGUCACCACCAUCUGA